UCUAAUACGCUCUUCCACUGGAUGCAACCAUUUCUUGGUUGAAGUGGCUUAAAGCAGCGACCACUGCUCCACUCCAGUGAAGAUUCGUUUGCCUCUCUUCAGCUGGUGAAGGGUUUGGGCGAUGAGAAGCUAAGAAAAAAUCUGACCUAUACAGACCACCAACUACCCGGGAUCCGUUUAUCUGAAGCAUAAUCAUGGAGAAUACUAGUAGUUUAGAAAAUGGUACACUUACACCUGACAAUUUUACAGAUUUCUAUAAUUUUACUGAAAAUGAAAUUAAACCCAACAAUGGUGGUGUGUCCUCCACCACGCAUUUUCCGGAGAGUCUUUCUGAGAUUCUUACUAUCGCCGGAAUGGUUCUUACCAGAGAGCCUGAGGCUAUUGAUCGGACCACCCUAAUGACUACUGCCGCGGGGACUUGGGGAGCAGAAGUUACCUCUGCUAUUACUGGUUCUGCUAAUCUGGUCGUUGCCUUCUGGAAUUCUCCCCUCAAUCAUGGGAUAAACGUGUUUGUUGGGAUUGUGCUUUGUUUUACUAUGCUGGGUCUGGGUUGCACUGUCGAGGUGAGCCAGCUUGGUGAGCACAUCAGAAGACCCAUCGGGGUCCUCCUAGCACUCAUAUCCCAGUUUGUGAUUAUGCCGCUGGUGGCGUUCCUCCUAGCGCUGAUCUUCAAGUUGGACGAGGUGGCUGCAAUCGCCGUGCUAUUGUGUGGCUGCUGUCCCGGGGGGAACCUUUCCAACAUCAUGUCGCUUUUAGUGAAUGGGGAGAUGAACCUCAGUAUUAUAAUGACAAUCUCCUCUACGGCGCUAGCGCUCUUCUUAAUGCCCCUGUGCCUCUGGAUUUAUAGUCGCGCUUGGAUUAACACUCCUAUUGUGGAUUUGAUGCCUUUCGGAGCCAUCAUCCUCACCCUGUGCAGCACUCUGAUCCCGAUAGGGCUGGGGGUCUUCGUGCGGUACAGGUAUAACAGGGCCGCUGACCUCAUAAUAAAGAUAUCCCUAUGGUCCUUACUAGUGACUCUGUUUAUUCUCUUCAUCUUGACUGGUACCAUGCUGGGACCCGAGUUGCUGGCCACUAUCUCAGGAUCAGUCUAUGUGGUGGCUGUCCUGAUGCCCCUCGCGGGUUACGCCGCAGGAUAUGGACUUGGCACGCUUUUCAACCUUCCACCAAACAGCAAGAGGACAGUGUCACUGGAGACUGGCUGUCAAAACGUGCAGCUCUGCACCGCGAUUCUCAAACUCGCCUUCCCACCCCAGAUCAUCGGCGGUAUUUACAUGUUCCCUCUGCUCUACGCUCUAUUCCAAGCGGCGGAAGCUGGCCUUUUUGUAUUAGCAUAUAAGAUGUACAGGAAAGAUAUCCUGCAUAAGCAAGAACCGCUGGAUGAAGAUGAUGACACGGAUGUUACUUACAAAAAACUAAAAGAAGAGGAAGUCGCAAUAGAUACAGCAUACGGUUCAGUGGGUGUUAACGACCCGAAUUCAAUAGUGAUGGAACCUGGACAAAACCCACCUGAAAUGGCAAACACAUUUAUGGUUAACUCAUCCCCCCUAAAAUGUGAUGUAGCCUAUCAUGUGUAACUCGGAUGAGGACAAACAACUACAUCGUAUUAUAAUUAUCACCAUAGUAUUGCUGCAGCGAGCUAUUGUUUUACUUGUUAGUUACUUAUAUGGCUAUGCAAAUUUACCUCGUAACAUAAAGGACAUAUUCAAAUACAUAAAUAAGACAUCAUAGGGCAAACUAAGAUCUUCAAGUACUACAAUACACAGUCAUAACAUCGACCAAAGCAUUUAAUAAUAUGGGCCACGUGCGCAAGCAUUAUCUCUAAUGCAAAAUGUACAGCACUUGUUUUUCUAAAAAAGCUAAAUGUUAAUGGCACUGCACUUUCUUCAACAACAACAACAACAAUAAUAAUAAUAAUAAUAAUAAUAAUAAUAAUAAUAAUAAUAAUAAUAAAUACUAUAUGUUAAUCUAUAUUCCACACCCUUGUUAUGUAGUUAAAGGUUUUCAUAAAAUCUGUGCACACAGCCAUGGGUUAUACUGGAUGUCGAUCAAAUCGACAUAUAAAACGACUGAUAUAACAAAUCACGAGAAAAAUAUCAGUGAACAAGCUGUAAUGGAAACACAUUUUUUCUUCAUUUUAUAUUUAUGUAUAAUGAUAUGAGGAAAUCAAUUGGCACAUUUUACAGUGCGUUUUCAAAUAAAAUAUAUUUUGAUGUUAUUUUUUUCAGCACUGAAGACAGUGAGAUAUAUAACAAGGUGUGAAUUAAACUUCUAUAACACUAAAUGCGAAAAUACUCAGUAGCCUACCUGUCCUGAAGUUGAAAAGAAUAGUUACCAGACAUUACAGAAAUGGUCCUAUACUAGAAUGAUCGUCCAAACAUUUUCCUAAGUGUAUAGUCUUUUUACUACCAGUCAAUAAAAUCCAGCAAACGGUAUUUUUGCAAAAAACAUCUUUUAAUUGUUAGUGUAAAUUGUAACUUUUUUCAUAGCUUUAAGUAUCAGCGGUUACAAUAGACGGGAUUUAAAUGAAUGCCGGUGUACUUCGGUGUACUGAUUUACACGUUCAGAAGUAUGUUUAACACACAAGUUGGUACAGAAUCACUAUUAUAAUACUUUGUUUUACAAUCUUCUUGGGGGAAGAUGUACACGGUGUUCGUUGCAAAUGAUAACAUAUUAACCCCCCCCAGUUUGUACACUAUUUUAGUUCGUUGCAAUUGACCAUUCAAUGUUUAUGGCACCUGUGUAUUUAGUGAAGGUACGGGUAUGUUUUUGUUUUGACCAAAACAAAACGUUGGCUAUUGCCAGAACUCCAGGAUCAAGCUUGAAAAUGCAUCAGUUAUCUAAAUCCAAAAGCGGCCAAAUGCAUUUCCAAUUGGCCAAAGACCUGGAAAUUAAAACAGAAUGAAAUGGUUCACCGGAAAUGUAAUUGCUGUUUGCCUUUAGACUGAAUGUACCUUUGACCACGAGGACACUCUGUUAAACAUGCAAGUACCCACAAAUGUUUAUUUAUGCACUGAUAUGCAUUAUAUGUUUAGUAUAUGUAGAUUAUAACACUAAUAAACAAAAGUAACGUGUGU